AUGGAGACUGUCAAGAACGCUGCCAACUAUGUCGUCGAGACUGUCCAAGGUGCCGGUGCUGAGGCGUCCAAGGAGGCCAACAAGAGCGUGGCAAAAGAUUCUGAUGUUAGCCUGAGCACUCGUGCCAGUGCUGCUGUUGACGCUAUUGGAGACAAGAAGGAUGAACAUGUCCACGAUGCCAAGGCCGAUGUUUACAAGGAAGCUGCUAAGCACUAA